AUGCCCGCCGACCCGAUCCAGUACUUCAAGGACUGGCUCGAGGCGGCGCUGCAUGGCCCCUACCCGGUGAAGGAGCCCGAGGCAAUGGUGUUGAGCACGGCGACGGCGUCGGGCGUUCCGUCAUCGCGCGUCGUGCUGCUGAAGGAGGUCGACGACCGCGGUUUCAUCUUCUUCACCAACUACGACAGCCGCAAGGGCCACGAGCUCGCCGAGAAUCCCGUCGCCGCGCUCAGCUUCCACUGGAAGGAGACGAGCAAGCAGGUGCGCGCGGUCGGCCGCGUCGAGAAGCUCUCGCGCGAGGAGAGCCAGGCCUACUUUGACUCGCGACCGCGCGGUUCUCGUAUCGGAGCCUGGGCGUCGGAACAGUCUCAGCCCGUUGGCGAGGAGGAGCUCGCGCAGCGCGUGCACGAGUUCGAGAAGAAGUUUGAGGGACAGGAGCAGGUCCCGUGUCCGCCUCACUGGGGAGGAUUCAGGCUCGUGCCAUUCGAGCUCGAGUUCUGGGCUGGACAGCCGUCUCGCCUCCACGACCGCUUCAGGUACUCACGUCUGAAGGACGGAGAGGGCAAGUGGGACGUGAACCGUCUCGCUCCCUGA